AUGCAUUGGUUUGGAGGAACAAUCGCUGAAGCGGUAACACUAUCGAAACAGAAAAACGCUAUUUUUGUGGUUUUUGUCGAAGGUGAUAAUGAUCUUACAAAAGAAUUGGCUACAACGAUAGACGAUGGAGCAGUUUUAAAGCGGUUAGCUGAUGAGAAUAACUUCCUUGCUAUCAAGUUAAAGAGUGGCUCAGAAAAUUACACAUACUUUGCCCAAAUUUAUCAGUUUGUCCCAGUACCAUCAUUAUUUUUCAUCGGUCGCAAUGGGACACCACUUGAAGUAGUGUGCCCUGGUGUGCAACCACAAAACUUAGCUGAGAGAAUAGAUCGUAUAGUUGAAGAGCAUUAUAAGGGCAAGCCAUCUGUACAGCCGUCUACGUCAAAGCAAAAUAUUAAGGAGCAAACCACAAACCUGCUACAAUCGGAGGCCAGUGCAAAUGAAAGGACCGCCUCCCCUGCAGAACCCAGGCCUGUUUCAACGGAACCAGAAUCCUCCGGACCAGCAGCGAAGAUACCCAAAACAGUCCACCAUGAGGUGACCCGUUCGGGGACAGAGUAUGAUGUAGUCUGUGAUGGGGAUGUCUGUGUAAGGAAGCCGAGGAGUGGGGCAGAUGUACCAGGACCAAGUCAUAGGGAUGCUCCUGUAGACACAGAGACACAGAAGGAUGAAGAGAACCCGGUACAAGAAGCCGCUUCUACUGGUAGCGCUGAAGAAAAAGUAGAAAGGGCUAAAGAGCUUAUCGAGGCUAGACGGAGAGAGAAGGCUGAGAAAGAGAAAGAGUUAGAGAGACAGAAGGAGUUGGAGAGGAGAGCGACCGGUCAGGGUGUGGCUGAAUUGAAGAAGUGGCAGGCUGACCAGGAGCUCAAACACAUUCAGGAGGAACUCAAACGUGAGAAGGUGGAGAACAACUUGGCACGGCAGCGCAUACUGGAGCAGAUAGCACAAGAUCGUGCCGAAAGACGCGCACGAGAUCAACCGCAGCCUCAGCCGGCCCCAGUGACUCCUGCGCAACCACAGCAAACGUCAGGAGAUGGCAGCACGCGCGCUAGAGUCCAAUUCAAAAUGGCCGACGGCGAGUCGCACACGGCGCAUUUUGAGAACACAACUACAAUGCUAGAACUACAUCAGUAUGUGGCGGAUAAUUUACAGAUGUCACGAUCAUCUUUCUCCCUCUGGACGGCGUUCCCGCGUCAGGAAUUGACAGAAAACGAUGCGACUUUGCGCGAUCUGCAACUGAUACCGUCGGUGGCAUUACUUGUGUUGCCUAGACGCGUCGCGGUCGUCACAUCUCGGCCUUCGCCCUUUAGUUCACUUAUUGCAUUCUUCACUCAACUAUUCUCCACAAUGAUAUUGGAUCCGUCGUAUCAGCUCUACACCUGGAUUUGGUCGCGGCUAUUCCCCCAGCGGGGCGGUGCCCGAGCCGCUGCUUCGGAACCAAGCUCCCCCGUAAACCCUUCAGGCCCUAACCCCCCGGGAAUCAGGCGAAGGGGCAACAUUCACAGACUGACCGGGGACAGACCAGAUGACGAUAAUAACACCUGGAAUGGCAAUUCUACGCAGCAAAUGUAA